AUGAGUACAAUCAAAAUUGGUUCUUUGCUUGUCAAAACAUUGGCGAAACCCGUAGCAAAUUCUAUCAAGACACAAGCUAAAUCACAUCCUAAAUUCAAAGCAUUUUGUAUCAGCGUGGCUCAGGGCUCUCAUACUCUGGAGAUGACCUUGAAGAUGAAGUUUUUAGGCUACAAAACCGAGAAAAUUAGACCAUUAAAUGAUGCCAGAGCUAUUGAGAGCGGCGCAAACUUUCUCAGUGAAGCAUUUGUGUUUGCUGUAGCUGCUUCUGUCAUAUUAGCAGAGAGUUGGAGAUCUCGAGCAACUGCCAAAAAUCGUAGAAAUUAUGUGGAUGAUGCUUUGGAAAACUUAGAGACGCAGAACAAGAGUUUGACUGAAAUAUUAGAGGAGACUCGUCAUUUGAAUCAGACAAACGAGGAGCGAUUGAAACAAAUCGAAGAGGAUAAUAUGCAUCUUCGACAAUUGCUGGACGAGAUUUUGUCUGUCAGUAUGGGGCUCAAGCGACACACGGAGUACCAACAACAGCCUACCAUCAUAACACUCCCUGGAAUUGGCAAUGAAUAA